GAGGCCUACAACAUCGAGCCUGCGCUUCUCUUGGCCAUCGCAUCGACUGGGAAUGUCAUAGACUUUACCGCUGGCACUUUCACUCUCGACGUUCUCAAAAAGCAUAAUGUCAUCGAACAUGAUGCAUCCAUUUCCCGCUCCGACUUCCUGCUCGGAGACAACCUUCACUUCAACGAAACUAUAUACACAGCACUCGCGCAGUCCAACCCCAGCGUCUCUUAUUACAACACGACCUCCGCGGGGCAAGUUAUAAAACAGCGAAUUGCCGACGAUAGGCUUGCCAACCCGAAAAUCUUCUUAACACCCGUCAACUGCGAAAUUCAUGCUAUAGAGUCGGCCCUGUAUCUGAGUGUCAUGGGAGAUCCGUCGACAGGUGUCGCACCUAAGCGGCUUGUAGAUAUAUUUUUUAGGGAGGAACGUAUGCCUUUUGGGGGAGGGUGGAAUAUACCAAGUAUGCUUAUCAAUGAGGCGUCGCUGUUGGAGCUUGGGAGUGAUAUCGUUCAAGCUAGUGGUGAUGACUGUAUACAAGACAUCUAA